AUGUCGUUGACGCUGCUCCUCGCGGGCGGCGUCGGCGGUCGGCCGAUGGCGGCGUCAGAGCGCAUGACGCGACAGCUGCUGCAGGACGGUGCCGACGACGGUGGCUUCCUGGCCGGCGACCUGCCCCUGGAGAUUGUCGCCACGACGCCCGCCGACCUGGCAGGGGAGGGCCGGGUGGAGGUUGGAGGGGAGCAGGCGCUGACGGUGGGUGUACCACACGGCCACGUCGGGGCAAUCAUGAGCCAGGUCGGCCGCGGGUCGGUCAUUCGUGCUCGUCGAUGGGCUUACUGGCUCAAUGUGCUUUACUCCAGGUCCGUCAUUGCGCUUGGUGAGGACUUUGGCUCUGAUGGGGUGCCUCAAGAAAAGCUCCCCUUCACGUUUGAUCCGGAAAUCCCAGGAAGCUUCCGGUGGGUCACAACUUCCAUCGCUCGGUUCGACCCAGCUGGUGGGUACUGGCCUGACCGCGAGAUCAAUCUCGUCUGGAAUAGGGAUUUGACGACCUUCGACGGUGUGAAACUGAACCUGUCAGGCGUGGGGCCCACCGUCCUGGUGACGCCCACCCUGUUUUUGGAGAAUGUCCACGUGGAUUCCGACAUGGCACAGGCGCUCACGGACGGCCGCUGGUGCCAAGAUUGCACAUACUUUGAAAACGAGAAGUUCCCCGAGGUCCCGCCUGAUGGAAUCGUCGUUCUGGAAUUCUCCCAUGACGUGUCUCCCAGCACCCUGCAGGAAAAUAUGAAGGUGCUCCGCGAUGGCGACACGGCGGCCAACAUCACCGCCGGCGUGACGUCAUGCGAGCCAGACAAGCCGGAGAGCAGCUGUGUGAACGUCACUUUCACUGGAGGGCAGCUGGAGACGGACACCUGGUAUUUCCUUGUUUUGGAGGAGGGCCUCGUGUAUAGCAACGUGAGCGGCGGUCUGAGUGGGGACCUUCGUGUGGAGCUGGCUGGCCUACGCCGAUUCCGGAUACCCCUGGGAUCCCGCGAUACGAUUAGGGCUCGCGAGUUUGUGCUGCCCCUCGUUCACGGGCUCGCUCCGGAGACGACUGUGGAUGACGUAAAGGCGUCGAUGUCGGUGAAGGACAUGGGGAUCGACGAAGGAGGCCAGGAGAUGGAGUUCGAGUUGAGCUUGCGCAGCAAGGGGGAGCUGCUGCUCCGCGCCGCGUUUGUUCCUGAAACGGACUACACCAUCGAGGUGUCCGCGAACGACGGCGUCAAAGACGGCUUCGGCCUGUCCCUUGAGGCCAGCGUCGCGUCCAAGACCGGGGAGCGUCUGUUCCACGAAUUCGCGCCAAUCUUCCCCGUAGACGGCGGAUUCGAUGAUAAGUUGUACGCAAUCUUCGAGGCAGGCCAGGAAUGGGACCGCUCCGUGUCUGCGCUGUCCCGGGGGCUCCCUGUGAAAGACAACUUUGACGACUUCUUGUGUGAAGACGGCGCUGUCCCCUUUAUGGAGGCCUGGCCCCUGAAGGCUUCUCACGAGGCCUUUGACGUAUUUAGUGCCGGAAAUUUUGACGUGCCGCAAAUAUUCAAGGACCUUGGAGUCGAAGGAAUUCGCCUGGACGGGUCGCAGAACGGCAGCGCCAUUGUCGCAAAGGUGGACGCAACGGACCUCCUGGAUCCCGCGGGAAUCUUCUACAGCCAGUUCUGUUUUGAUGCCGACUGGCUGACGAUGGAAACGGAGGUGAUGGCGUCGUUCUUGGCCCCCGGGGACCCCGAGGCCGCUGGCGAGCAUUUGCUGGCCUGGGUGCACGACAUGGCUACGGGGCAGCCGGUGCAGGGCGCCAACAUCACAAUUUGGCAGCGGAACGAUGCGACCCUGGAGAUAAUGGACACGGCGAUGACGGCGGAGGACGGAACGGCCACCCUGGUGAACCGCAACGAGGAGCUGAUCAUCGGGUUCCUGCCGGGCAGGUUCGCGGCCAUCGAGCACGCCGGCAGGCUAACCAUCGUGCCGGGGGUCGAGAUCCUCGAGACUCUGUCGAAGGUCGAGGGCGCGGCGGUGUCUUCCGUGCUGGACCGCAAGCUGGCCCGGCCAGGGGAGACGGUGCACGUGAAAGGACACAUUUGGCGGCGGGAGAACGCCGACCUGUUGCCCUUCACACCCGAGAACGGCUUCUGCCUGGACGCUGGCGACCUCGGCGAGUUCCCCGUCCAGUUCGACGACAAGUUUGGGAGCUUCCAGGCGGAAAUCGAACUCUCUGAAGACGCGGUCCCCAGGGAGUACGACAUCUUUUUGGUGGAGGACUGCGAGGGGAACAGGCUUCGCGAGUACCUCCUCGAAGGGUUCGCGGUCGGCGACCCCCGGCCACCCACCGCUGUGCUGGACGUCAAGGGACCCGAUUGG